UAAUCUAUUAUAAAACGAAACUAGAUAUUUAUUUUCUAUUGACGAGGUUAUAAUUAGGGAGGGUAUUGGAGAAAAAACACAACAUAAUUUAGAAAAACUUUUCAAUUAUAAAUAAUCGGUUACAAACAUUUUGAAUUGACCGGAUUAAAGCAUGGCAUUUAAAAGUAUUUUUACGGCUUUGAUCUCACUUCAAAUUCUCACUGCGGCCGUAGGAGCAGUCCGAGAAGAAGAGGAAACAAAUCAUUGUCCUAACCAGGGAAAAGCUGAGAACGGUGGAUGGCGCUUGAAUACAAAAGAUGAUUUCAAAAGAUGCAUUCUUGACUGCAAGGAAGGGUACAGUCCAAGUGGAUGUCAUGUUAUCAGGAAAGAUAGAUAUGGAGAUUGGAAUCACAAUAUCUCAUCAUGUGUUGAAGCCGAAUGGUUCAAUAAGAAAAAAGUGGCAUGUUACACAGCGAUCGUUGCAGCUAUAGCCGCAUCUCCUUACCUUCUAAGUAUUCUAGGAUUUAAAGCUGUUGGAAUAGCAGGUGGUUCACUUGCAGCCAAAUGGAUGGCAUAUAUUGGCAUUGUUUCUCAGGGUAGUUCAUUUGCGUUGCUUCAAAGUGUUGGUAUGGCUGGUAUAAGUAAAGCGGCGAUUCUAAAGGCCUUAGGUUCUGGUGCAGCUGUUUGUGAUGGUGUCAUAUACAUAUUAUCAGACAAUCCUUGUGAAACAGAAUGAAACUUUACCGGUAUAUUGUAAUUUGGCGAAGGCCAUGUGAUUUGUUGAUAAAAUCUUUAGAUUUUGUUGCUUAAAAAAAGAAACAAACAAACAAACUGUCAUACACUUUUUUUAAAAUUUAUUUUGUAAUGUUCAACAAUAUAUUUAUCGAAACGGCAAUUUAAACAUGUAUCUAGAAGAUAACAAUGUACAUGAUAAUCUUAUCUUUCUAGUGGUGAUUCGAUAACAGUGUUGUAAAUAUUUUCAUACAACAACGAUAGUUUAAUGUUUGAUAGAAGUGUAGAUUUUAAUGGAU